CCGGCCCCGGAGUUGGACUGGGCGCUCUCAGCCGGCUAGAUUCCACGUGGUGCGUUAAUCGCGGCUGCUGGGGAGGCGUCGCUGUGAGAGCGGCUUGCGACGCUUUUUCAACAGUGCGGUGAAGCGGGGCUGCCGUAUUCCGGGUGAAAUACCGGCUGUUGUGCCGUUGCCUGGCUGAGGCGGGGAGGGAGCGGCAGGAGACGGGGCGAGAGAGGGGAGGGAGUUGCCCUCACGCCUGCCGGCUUCCCCCUGGAUGGUCCGUAUCGCUGGUGCGGGGCCUCCUCCUCCUCCCUGGUCCCUGCGGUGUCCGGCGGCGCGGCGGGCUGUGAGGCGGCCGGAGGCGGCGGGUCCCGGCGGUGGGCGCUGAAGAUGGACUAUGACUUCAAGGUGAAGCUGACCGGGGAGCGGGAGCGGGUAGAGGACCUGUUCGAGUACGAGGGCUGCAAGGUGGGGAGAGGCACCUACGGGCACGUCUACAAAGCCAAGCGGAAAGACGGGAAAGAUGAUAAAGAUUAUGCUUUAAAACAAAUAGAAGGUACUGGAAUUUCUAUGUCUGCAUGCAGAGAAAUAGCACUGCUGCGAGAGCUCAAGCAUCCAAACGUCAUUUCUUUGCAAAAGGUGUUUUUGUCUCAUGCUGACAGGAAAGUGUGGCUUCUCUUUGACUAUGCUGAACAUGACCUCUGGCACAUAAUCAAGUUUCACAGAGCUUCUAAAGCAAACAAGAAACCAGUUCAGUUACCUCGGGGAAUGGUGAAGUCACUAUUGUAUCAGAUCCUAGAUGGUAUUCACUACCUGCAUGCUAACUGGGUGUUACACAGGGAUUUGAAACCUGCUAAUAUUUUAGUUAUGGGUGAAGGUCCUGAGCGAGGAAGAGUAAAAAUUGCUGAUAUGGGCUUUGCCAGAUUAUUUAAUUCACCUCUGAAGCCUUUAGCAGACUUGGAUCCAGUCGUUGUAACAUUCUGGUAUCGAGCUCCAGAAUUACUUCUUGGAGCAAGGCAUUAUACCAAAGCUAUUGAUAAAGAUUGGGAGGACAUAAAAAAGAUGCCUGAACAUUCAACAUUAAUGAAAGAUUUCAGAAGAAACACGUAUACCAACUGCAGCCUUAUCAAAUAUAUGGAAAAACAUAAAGUUAAACCAGAUAGUAAGGCAUUCCACUUGCUUCAGAAAUUGCUUACUAUGGACCCAAUAAAGAGAAUUACCUCAGAACAGGCUAUGCAGGAUCCUUAUUUCUUAGAAGAUCCACUUCCCACAUCUGAUGUUUUUGCAGGUUGUCAGAUCCCUUACCCAAAACGAGAAUUUUUAACAGAAGAAGAACCCGAUGAUAAAGGAGACAAAAAGAACCAGCAGCAGCAGCAGGGCAAUAACCAUACUAAUGGAACUGGUCAUCCAGGGAACCAAGACAACAGUCAUACACAGGGACCCCCAUUGAAAAAAGUGAGAGUUGUUCCUCCUACCACUACCUCAGGUGGACUUAUUAUGACCUCAGACUAUCAGCGUUCCAAUCCCCAUGCUGCGUAUCCCAACCCUGGACCAAGCACAUCGCAGCCACAGAGCAGCAUGGGAUAUUCAACUACCUCCCAGCAGCCUCCACAGUACUCACAUCAGACACACCGGUACUGAGCUGCACCUGAAUAACGUCAAUGCACUGUUGCUAAUGCUGUAGGACUGGUCAUGCAGCUGUCUGCCUGGAACCUGGCUUGGGCCACAAGAAUGUACUGUACAACCACACCUUCAAAAUGUCUGAUAGCCAAGUUCCACCACUUUUCACAGAAUGGAGUAGUGGCUCCCAAAUUGUACCUGUUUUGGGGUUAGACUUGAAAAGAAAGUGCUAGCACAGUUUGUGUUGUGGAUAUGCUACUUCCAUAGUUUACUUGACAUGGUUCAGACUGACCAAUGCAUUUUUUUCAGUGACAGUCUGUAGCAGUUGAAGCUGUGAAAUGUGCUAGGGGCAAGCAUUUUUUUAUUGUAUGUGGUGAAUUCUCUUGAUGUAACAACAUUAUCUGACCAAUAGUACACAAAAUCCUUUAACUGGUACUUGAAGCAUACAGUAUAUGUUAACAUGGCAAAAAAGCAAAAUAACCAUGACUCUAAUUGAGAUAAUUUUGAUAUACAUUUAUUUUUAGUGACUUUUGUGCGUUGGUUCAUUUUCCACAUUGAUCAAUGUUUUAUGACCAACAAAAUUGCUACAAUAAGAUUUUUUAAGAAAAUGAAAACAUUUGCAUUUUUCCAGCAGAUUACAAGCCUCCCAAAGAUUAAUUUCCAACAUAUAGAUUUGUUUUUGUUUUUAAAUCUAUGACUUGACUGGUAUUAAAGCUGCUAUUCGAUAGUAAAAUAAGUAUGUUGUCAUUGAUAUAAACAUGUUUGGUUCAGCAAACAAACUGAAAUGAUUGUCAUAGACAGUGUUUUAUUUUUCCUAUUAGUGUUGCUGAUUUGUGAGCAUGCUUUGGGAUUAAAAAAGCAUGAAUGAUAUUUCCUUAAAAGGUGCGGCAUCCAUUCAGAUAUUUCGUCAUGAUUUUUGAGAGAUGGAUUGGUGUAGUGGAUUUUAAAUUUUGUUCAGUUAAUUAUUUUUAAAAUAUUUUCGCACGUUAUUAGGGAUGCCCUUAUUACAGCAAAGGAUGAGGUGUUAGGAGAGCCUUAGAAUUUGAGGAAAAACUAUAACAUACAAUGUACUGUAUCAAACUAUUUUACAUGAAUGACGCAAGUAUUCUGAAUAAAAAACUGAACAUUGUUAAAAACAAGGUGUUAUGUAAUAAAUUUAUUUUUCAUAAAUCUG